UACGUAUCUAUAAAAACCUCGUGCUUAUAGUUAACUACGUAACUUUGAAAAACAUUAAAAAAAUGUCCUCGGAAUCCAACGUUUUACUUCCUAUUAAUCCAGAUAUACAAACAGUAGAUAAAUUAUCAAAUAAAGAUGCCACGAAAAAGAAGGAAAGAUUUAAAGCUGUUGCCUUUGUGAGUGCAAUCACUGGGUUUUCCUUCUUGAUUGGUUUUGGAAGUACAUUAGCCGUUGUUCGUAAACAAGAUCCAAAAUAUUUCCAAGACGGAGUUGUUGGUGUUAAAGGUCUUCACGAUAGUGGUGCAUCACUUGCAUUUCGUGCAUUAGGCUGGGGAACAUUUUAUGCAUUUACCGGUUGUGGAUUAUUAUUUUAUGGUAUUUGGAAAUUAUCAGGCGCAAAAAAUGCUGAGGAAUUUCGUUAUAAAAUGGGUUCAAUAUUGCCAAGAAUACCAAAAAAUGAUCCACCACAAAGUCGAACUGAAUUUGAUGGACUCACCGAUUUAUUAAAAUACAUAUCUGAAGAUUGGGGAACGGAAAAUGAUCCAGCAAGGAAAAAAUCGCCAGAUUAGAACAAAAAAAAGAUUCUCUUUUUUUUUCCUCCGAAAAACUCUUGUGAAAAAUAAAUAAUAAUAAUAGUUUGCAAUGAAAAAAAAAAAAAAAAAAAAAAAAACAUUUUUCCCUGUGAUAAGAAAUGAACAAUAUUGUAAAUGGUUUUCUUAUUUAACGCGUGUGUUCUGUAUCAUAUUUUUUUUUUCUUUACGGAAAAAUAGUUUUUCGUUUUGUAAAAAAAAAAAAAAAAAUUUUCCAAUUUUCUCAUGUGAAUUAAAAAUUUUCAUAUUAUUUCA